GCAUCUCGUACUUCGGCGUCACUCAUGCCGCCUCCGCAGCGGGCACGAGUGCAGAAUGAGUACAUAGAUCAGCCCGCCCACCCUGUGAUACGACGCACCCCGAACCCCCGCCUUAACACCAGCACGCAGAGCAACGUACGUACGAUUCAGCCAACUACUAACCAGGAUGGACGAAACUGCAGCAACGUGAAUAGCUCAGUGUCACACGACACUGGCUACUCGGAAAGUAUGCACGACAACUCCACGGACGCGAUGGUUUCCCCUGUCCGGCCAUUAGUAGGUGGCAGCACAGGCUACGCGCAAAUCCCAGCUCCUGCGAAUCAGAGUGCGCCGAGUGAGAGUGAUAACAGCGAAGGUAAUGCAAGGCAUCCUUAUGCCUCUACUGCAGACACAUAUGGUUCAGUGAACAGCAUGUUGAGUCGCCUGGACACCGGCACAAUACACUUGUCUAGAGCGUCGCCCGGCAGCUCUGCCGCGACGACGCCGACCGACGGCGGCACCCAUCACAGAGCGACGGUGCCACCGUCGCACGCCGCGACCGCAAAUCCGCUCGUGACGUUCCGGCCGAGCGACGACGAGAGCGACGGCGACGACCGACGCGGCCGUCACCGUGGCAACGGUACGACGCAGCUGCUGACGACGAGUCGCUACCGGGGCGUCGGCGCGCAGGAGGACGCGGCGGUGGCGCGACGGUCGGGGGGACAGCGUGCGCUACUCGUGCGUAACAACGGGAAGAUGACGAAUCCCGAGGCAGUGCCGCUAAUGAUCGACAGCCGCGUCAUCCUCGAGGACGACGAACAUUGCUGUGGCAGCGACAUCGAGUUUGCCGACCGGUCGCCGCGACUCGGGCGUGACGUCACGGCGAAGGACGUCGCGCGCAAUCGCUCGCUGUCCGAGCUGCUCUAGUCCGGCCGCCAGAGGUCGCUGUAGUCGCGGUCAGUGUGAGAAUCGUCCUGUUUAGACGUCUGGUGUCGUCAGUUAUGUAUAUCUGUGCUCGCGUAGAUGAGAAAUGGCCAACGCUUUUUACGAUGUGACGUGCUUCACUGUGUGCUCGCUAUUCGUUGUGUAAAUGUUUUUUUGUCGUGUAGAUAUACUUUUUUCGCGUGUACAGAAAACGAUUAUUUAAAUAUCAAGAUGAGUGAGAUCAUCUGCAGCUGAGCAGCUGAGCUUAUGUCUGUACAUAUGGGUUAUUAUUCAGUGAUUGUUAAUGACAUUUCAGACCUAUAUUCAAGCUACGGACACCCGUUCUCUCAUAGUGUAGCUGUAUCGUAUAGUGUGGGUAGAGAAAAUGGAGAGAUUCAUUUCGCUUCACUAAAUAUUGGUGUCGUUUGCAUUGUUGUGAAACUGCAAUGCCAGAAUGCAUCAGAGAUAGCUAUGUAAUAUUUUCUUCCGAAACCCAAGGUGAUCUUGAUUUCAUAACUGAGAAAUUAAGUUUGCUAUAAUUUUAAGUUAUCUUUAUUCUUUUCUUUCCAAUUCACCGCGUUUUUAUUCAUACUUUACUCUUACUGAAGGUAAUGACUAAAUGCCUAUGAAUUUCGAAUGUUGAUUUGUUUGUAAAAACCA